GGUAUAAAGCCAGCAAGUUUUGAGAAAGUUACUGAUCCUGAAAUUAAGGAGAUAAUUGGGGAGUGCAUUUGCAAAAAUAAAGAAGAAAGAUAUGAAAUUAAAGAUUUAUUAAGCCAUGCCUUUUUUGCUGAAGAUACUGGGGUAAGAGUGGAACUUGCAGAAGAAGACCAUGGGAGGAAAUCCUCUAUUGCCUUAAGACUCUGGGUAGAAGAUCCUAAGAAACUGAAAGGAAAACCCAAAGAUAAUGGAGCCAUUGAGUUUACUUUUGAUCUUGAGAAGGAAACUCCUGAUGAUGUUGCACAAGAAAUGAUUGACUCUGGAUUUUUUCAUGAAAAUGAUCUCAAGAUAGUUGCGAAGUCAAUACGUGACAGAGUAGCAUUAAUACUAUGGAGAAGAGAGAGAAUUUGGCCUAGGAUGCAGUCAGAGGAACGUCGGGACUCUGAAUGUCCGGAGAAGUUGAAGAUGCCGCAUGCACAGCAGGUUCAGGUCACCUACCUUUCUCACACUGGUCACCACGUCCUGUCAGAGUCGGAGGAGCCUGAGGCAGACCAGCAUCCCUUUCAGCAAAACCUACCCACCAGCGUCACGUCUGUUGCAUCUGACAGCACAUUUGACAGUGGCCAGGGGUCCACUGUUUAUUCAGAUUCUCAAAGCAGCCAGCAAAGCGUCAUCUACUCGUCUCUGCCUGAUCCAGUACCUCCUGCUAUCCAACGGGUGUAUAGCCCACCUCUGAGCGAGAGCCAGGCUGUGCCCCAUAGCCUUCAGCAGCUGGGGCACUACCAGCAGCCCUCAGGACCUGGCCUCCCCGCAGUUCAGGCUGCGCCCACAGUGGUGUCCCAGCGGCCCCAGCACUACCAGGAGCCAGCGAUACCGUUCCCCAUCGUCCAGCCCACCACCGUCACCUCCCUGCAGCUGGGACAGCCGCAGCCAGUGCUGGCCAGCCAGCAG